GUAAAAAGGACAUGCUCAUGCACAAACCUGAGGUGUAAGAUGAUGAUGCUGAUGUGGAUUAUGGUGGUGUUUUUUAGUUAUACUGAUUCAGCACAAAUGCAUACCAUCACUCAGCCGAACUCAGUGAUCAGUGCUGCUGCCGGUGAUAAUGUGACUCUACACUGCCUUAAAGAGGAAGAAGAAAACACUGAUCCCAUCCUUUGGUAUAAACAAGUAGUAGGACACGAGCCUUGUGUAAUGGUCACAGUCCAGAAAGUGGUAAAAAAUCCUAUUUUUGAAAGUCAGUUCAACUCGCCUAGGUUUUCCAUUGAGGAUUUGAGAAGAAGCUGCAAUUUAAAAAUUAACAACGUGGAACCGUCAGAUGAAGCUGUGUAUUACUGUGGAUUUAAAAAAAUAACUGUAGCAUUUCGAAAAGGAACGUUUCUGUCAGUGAAAGGUGAUGGAGAUGUAAAAGUGUCAGUAUCACAGAGCAGUGUGUUGGACUCGGUUCCUGCAGGAGCGUCAGUGACUCUGCAGUGCUCGGUUCUCUCUGAGAGCAGAGCAGCAGAACUCCAAGUGCUCUGGUUCAGAGCUGCUCCACCACAAUCCCAUCCUCAAAUCAUUUACACUCAUCACAACAGCAGCCAUCAGUGUGAGAGCGGCUCUUCUACACACACCUGUGUGUACAACUUCUCCAAGAACAUCCUCAGUCUCAAUGAUACUGGGACUUACUACUGCGCUGUGGCUGUGUGUGGAAAAAUCAUUUUUGGGAACGGGACAAGAAUAAACUUAAAAGAAUCUUUGGAUCCUGUAGUGAUCUGGCUCACUCUAGCUUUGGGAGUAUGUGUGGUUGUGAUCUUUAUCCAAACUGUUUUAUUCUGUAAAUGGAGAAAACAUAUACAUUAUACAAAGAGACCAAGCACUAAUAGAAGAAUGGAAAAAUCAGCCGCUCAGGACCGUGACUCUGUUGAGCUCAAUUAUGCUGCUUUACAUUUUAAUGAAAAGAAAACCAAAAGAAAAGGAAAGAGUGGGCAGUGUCAGGAUAGUGUGUACUCUGAAGUCAAAAUGCUCACCACUUCUUAGAUCUUUCCACUUUCAAAAAAUCCAUCAUGAUUGAAAUAUUGAAUUUUUUCUCUCUGUUUUCCGAAUCUUUUUUCUUGUUUUUGCAAUCACCAACAACUAAACCCACAGAUUUCUCUUUUUUUCAUUUUGGCCCUAAUUUUUAGAAUUAUUGUGAUUUUUGCUUUUAAAAAUUAAUUUCUGACAUGUUUUAUGUUCUGCUGUUUAAUUGUCAUAAACUCCCCUCUUAGCAUGCCCUGCACCUAUCUUCAUGAACACAAUGUUUGAACACAAAAAAAAAUUAUGUUUUGCC